AUGAUAGUUGAAGGAACACGCCGCUUUCACACUCAAUACACAAGAGAUGUAUCAUCUAACCGGCGUUCAGUAAGCGGGGGGCUGUCGACAUUGUCGUUCUUUCCUGGUUCACCUGAUGCUCCGAUUAAUCAAUCAAUUCCUCCGCAGAGCACCAUCUCCUCUAACACUUUACCUGCGCAAUCAUCUCGGCCUCCUACCACGACUACGCCGACCUCCUUGGGGGCAUCCAGAACACAAAAUGGUACCUCUACGCAAACUUCCACAUCCGGCUCCUCCCUAGGAGGAGUUACAGCUGGAGCAACUCGCGGUCAAAACACCUCUACCUCAUAUUCUUCCGCCUCAAACCCGGCGACACUCGCAUCAGACUCGUCAGCAUCGCGUGCUUCAUCCACAAAACCCACCACCAGCACUUCCAAGCCUAUAUCUACCCCACUGAUCAUUGCAAUAGCAGCAGCUGCCGGAUUACUGAUAAUUGGAAUACCGCUGAUAAUCCUACUGGUUCGCCGCAAAAAGAAAAGAUCCAACGUUGCUACCGAGGAAUCAAAGCUACCACCGCCCUCCUCUAUCACAUCAAUCACUAGGCAAACUCCGGGUCCCUCAGGCUCGCCCUCGUCGUUUGGUAAAAGACCAUUGAUGAUGGCAGCGGCGAUCCCAUCUAGAAACGCCCGCGCUAGCGUCGAAAGUUUUGGUCCAGGUCCCAGACCGUCUUCACAGAACCUUCGACAGACUGCAAUUCAAGCGCGUCAGGAUAUGGAAUAUAUGCGUUCAGACAACGUUACUACUCCCAUGAGGAGGGUCUAUAGACCCAAUGUUCGGGACGCCGUCCGAAGAUCUCCCUCACCAGACAGAUACGCUUCAAAUGCUCGGACUACCGAAUCAUCAGAUAUCCCGAUUAGCUAUAAUUCCCAGCGGAAUAGGCAGCAAGAAAACAAUGAAAGAAGGCCUUAUCAACUUCCAACUGGCCCACGUCCGACCAGAACACCUACGUUACCCUCGGAAUUCACCUCACCACGCAGAGCGCCCAAUCCUCUCAACCCUCAACCAACACGGAUUGUCGAUACUUCUUCCCUAAACAGACAGUAUGUUUCGGACUUGACGAGUAAUCCAUUUAGCGCGAGGUCUAGUUAUUACAAUGAUGAAUUCCCGCGCACACCAACAUCUGCUAUCAUGGCAGCCCGGCGAAGUUCAGUAGCUAGCGCGACUGAUAGUCAAGUCAGUGGGUUUUACGGCAAUGAUGAAGAAGAUUCAGUUUUUGAAGAGUAUAAUAAUGAAUCACAAAGUGAUCUAUCAUCUGGUCGCAGACCUCUCACGUCCAUGGACCCAGAUUAUCCAAUGGAUUUUAGUUAUUAUGAAGCAUGA